CUAUUGUGCUGCUCGGUGCUGUGGUGCUGCUGUGUUGGCUGCUGACUGAGUUUCCCGCGUCAGACCAGCUUAAACUCAGCACUGCUUUAACACACUUUCUGCAGUUUUAACUGAAGUCAUUUUCUGAAACCACAAUGAAGUUUCAUCCUGUUUCGCGCGUGAGACCAUGACUUUCUGUUGCCGCGUAUUCUCAGCAUCUGAAGGUCUUGAGAGAAGAGGUUAAGUUGAGAAGGACAAACAAUUUAAGAAGACACAGCUGUCAUUUUCUGCGGGAGCUUCCUCUUCAGACAGACUCAAUGAGAUGCUCUUCCUGAUCCUGAGGCCAUCAUCUCUAGCCAAAAGUGUGUCCUCCCUGUACGUUGAGCAAGAAGAAUCUGACAUCGGGCGUCUAGUGAUAUGAGGGUUCAUGCUGAGAGACAAGCACAUAUUGGCAUCAUGAGCUCUAUGUCCUCUAAUAGGGCUUCGGCUGUGCUGGGAGUGAAGAGUCUUAAUAAGGAGACUUCAGCAAGUAAUGGAGAUGCUCUUUUAUCAACGAACUACAGAUUGCCUGGGAGCACAUCCCCUCAGACACCUGUACAUUUGGAGGGGGACUCAGUGGGCACAGUGUGCAGAAUAUGGAAGUCUUUGGAUAUCAGGUCUAAGAGUUUGGACUGCUUGGAUGAGACCUUCAGGUCCAAAAACUGCAGAUGUGAGGCUACAAGGCACGGGGAAGAAGGAUCCUACAAUUUCCAUAUGUGUGGGUUUUGUAAUCCAGUGGAAAACGCAGAAGGCUGCCCGAAGAAUAGUUUUUCUCCUAGAAGCUGGGGAACGGUUCCCCAAAAGAGGAAAGCAGAGGCUUUUUCUUCUGAUAUUACUACCCUUGGUGAACCUCAGCCAACAUUGAGUGGCUCAGAUGGGGAACUGUGCCCAGUGGAAUUAGUCAUCAGCCAAAACAUGGAGAACCUGCCUUUCUGUGGGUUGGAUUUGAGGAGAAGCAGUGUGCCAGUAUCCACACCACAAGGCCCUCAAUGCGCCAAUGGUUGCGGCACUGCCGAGAAUAACAAGAUACGAUACAGACCGGACUUUGUGUGUGCCAUGUGCCAUAAAAAUGGAUUCUCUAGCUUAGAAAGGCUUAACAGGAAAAUCAAACCCAUGUGCUCUAAGGGUAAGCCCCUGAAGAGGUCCACGCCCUUUAGGUUAUCUGUACCUGACAGUAGUGACGGAGAGGGCACCGUAUCCGACAGCGAGUUUGUGCGUAACAAGAAAGAUCGAUCUACUGUGCUGGUCAGGAGAUAUCUCAAGAACAACCAGAAAUUCAAAAAGACAGUGUGCACUGGCACUAAAGCUAUAGUGAAGGCUCUACCCACCGGCUGCAUCUCUGACAGGAUCUGGGAGUCUGUUUGCAAGAAAACUUGUGAUCUCGGCGAGAGGCGCAUGCGUGAGGCAAGCGGAUACAGCAAAGCGCUUCAGGCCAUUCAGCUGCAGGUUUCCAGGGCCCUUCUCACCUAUCCCGGGGCCAGGCUUGCAGAGAUUAAUCAUGCGGCUCCUACUUUGAGUCCUGAAGUCAGUCUCCUGCACAGAUCUAGGAAGCUGCUGGCCCAGGCGGUGUCAUGGCCGCCGGUCUCCCCGUCGCAGAUUAGAUUUCUGGCUUGUCCUCCCAGAACCAGCAUUGCAGCUCAUCUGAGCGGGGCCCUGCUGGAGGCCACAGCUGCUCUCGGGGCCCGCACUUCCCUGCCCAGCUUCACUGUUGGCUCGACAGGACGAGCAAUGCUGAAAGAACGGCAGCUGUGCAGCUCCAUGGCCAACUCCAGCAUCCUGCCAUCUGCUGUGACGGGCAUCAGUAAGGAACUAGCCGACCUGCGCCACCUCAUCCAGUUUCCAGAGGAAAUCGCCACCAUCCUGACAGAACAGGAGCAGCAGCUGUACCGCCGCGUCUUCCCGCUCGACUACCUCAGCUUUCUCACCCGAGACCUGGGCAGCCCAGAGUGCCACAAACGCCACCCGCACCUAAAAGCCUCCCUGUCGGCCCCCAUCAUGCCCACUCAGAACGACAACCACAACACAGUUGAAGACCUCGUCACAAGAUUUAACGAGGUGAGCUCAUGGGUAACCUGGCUUAUCCUGACGGCGGGCUCCAUGGAGGAGAAGAGGGAGGUUUUCUCGUACCUCGUCCAUGUGGCCAAGUGCUCCUGGAACAUGGGCAACUACAACGCGGUCAUGGAGUUCUUGGCAGGCCUCAGGUCCCGCAAAGUGCUGAAGAUGUGGCAGUUCAUGGACCAGGCAGAUAUUGAAACCAUGCGAGGUCUAAAGGACGCCAUGGCCCAGCACGAAUCAUCAUCUGAGUACAAGAAAGUCGUCAACCGAGCUCUCAAUAUCCCAGGAUGCAAAGUGGUGCCCUUCUGUGGUGUGUUCCUCAAGGAGCUGAGCGAGGCUCUGGAUGGCGCAGCCAGCAUUAUUGGACUGCGUCCCUCUUUUGAUUCACAAGAAGAUCCUGUUGAGUUUGUCACGGACUACAACGGCCAGCAGCACUUUCUGCAGAGGCUUGGAAGUGAUGGACUUCACAGCUCCGAUAAAGAGGCGACCGUCAGUAACAUACUGCAGACCAUUCGCAGCUGCAACCGAAGCCUGGAGGCCGAGGAGCCUGAGGAGAAGGCACGAGAGAUCACCGUUUGCCCCAAAAAUUCCUUUAAAGACAAGAGCAGAAACCAGAAAGGACCUGGAACUGAACGAGUCCUGUUUUUAGUCGGCGACCUCUCAGACUCUGAAGGGGACCCACUUGAGACGGUUAAGGACGUUGUAGACCUCCAGACCACCGAAGAUGUUCGUGGACCCUUUAGCCAUGGGACGGAGCUCAUCCCCUGGUACGUGCUGUCGCUUCAGCCGGAUAUCCACCAGUUCCUGCUCCAGGGAGCAACCGUCAUCCACUACGACCCCGAGAGCCACCUCACCGCCCGCUGUCUUCUCCGUCUACAGCCUGAUAACUGCUUCCUGACCUGGUGCAAACCCCACAGUAGCUGCAACCUAUAUGGCAGAGCCAGAAGCUUCAUGGGACAUCCAGCAUCCCCAGACCACUUGCACAUCGGCCAACCUGUUCACUGCGGACUCUCCGACGGGCUCCUGGAUCUUAAUGUGAUAAAGGCUGUGUUUAUGGGUCACCCUGGAGUGGAUGUUAACUAUGUCUGCCUGCAGCACAAACUCUGUAACAUGAAUCCGGGCGAAAAUGGUGUCACGCUGCUAUAUGGACUUCACACCACAGACAACAGGCUCCUGCACUUUGUGGCACCAAAACACACGGCUCGCAUGCUGCACGAAGGCCUCCAGGAGCUGCUGAACUCCAUUAGGAAGAUCAGGAAAUUCCCUGACCAGAGACUGCAAUGGCUGAGAAAGCAAUAUGUUAGUUUGUACCAGGAGGAUGGUAGAUUUGAAGGACCUACACUGGCUCAUGCUAUCGAGCUGUUCGGAGGGAGACGCUGGAAUAUGGGAACUAGCGGCCCUGGAUCUGCCAGCAGAAGUGCAGAGAAGAACUCUGCUCAGAAAAACAGUCCACUGGGCAUCAACUCCAAUGUCAAAAAGAAGAAAAAAGCCUUAGUCAGGGGGGACAGUGGCGAUGGAACUGAUGAUGAGAUGACCGCACGCAAGACCAGGAGUUGCAAAGAGACUUUGGGGAGGAGAGAGUCAGAUCCUUUGGAAAAUGUUGAGCAGGAAGAGGCUGAGGACUGCAGUACCUUUGGCCAACCUGGACCAUUUUCCUUAUCCAACAACAAAGGCCAGUCUCCGGGAUCCUUCUCGUCCUCCUCCACCUCGUCUUCUGCUGCCUCCUUUUGCACAAACUCCUCCACUCCUACACGUCCACAUUCCUCCCCGAUUCUCCCCGCAAACCUCAAAAGUCAGCCAGGGGCCUGGAGCAGUCGAAGCUGGCACGGUCGAGGGAAAGGCUGCUUCAGAGGCUUCCAGGACCUCAUGAUCUCCGACAGCAUCAUGAGCUUUGUUGAAUUUGUGGAGCUCUUCAAAUCUUUCAGCAUUCGCAGUCGUAAGGAUCUGAAGGAACUUUUCGACACCUACGCCGUGCCCUGCAGUCGAUCGGGCCCUGAAUCUGUCCCUCUCUACACCACACUGAGGAUUGACGACAAGCUAACCGGACUGCAGCCAGACCUGGAUCUCCUGACUCGCAACGGCUCUGACCUGGGCCUUUUUAUCCGCACGCGCCAGCAGAUGUCUGAAAACCAGAAGCAGAUUUCAGAUGCCAUAGCAGCUGCCAGUAUUGUGAGCAAUGGCACUGGAGUGGAGAAUUCCUCACUGGGUGUGCUGGGACUGGCCAUCUCGCAGCUCAAUGAUUUCUUGGUCAACUGUCAGCGAGAACAUCUGAGCUAUGAUGAGAUCCUCAGCAUCAUACAGAAAUUUGAGCCUUCUUCAAGCAUGCGUCAGAUGGGGUGGAUGUCGUUUGAAGGAUUCGCCAGGUUUCUAAUGGACAAGGACAACUUUGCCUCUAAAAACGAGGAGUCUCAAGUGAACCUGGAUGAGCUCCAGCAUCCGCUGUCGUACUAUUACAUUGAGUCCUCUCAUAACACAUACCUGACGGGGCAUCAGCUGAAGGGAGAGUCUUCAGUGGAGCUCUACAGCCAGGUGUUGCUGCAGGGUUGUCGCAGCGUUGAGUUGGACUGCUGGGAUGGCGAUGAUGGCAUGCCUGUUAUUUACCACGGACAUACUCUUACCACUAAGAUUCCUUUCAAGGAUGUUGUUGAGGCCAUCAAUCGUGCAGCAUUUGUGAACUCGGAGAUGCCUGUGAUUCUGUCCAUAGAAAACCAUUGCUCUUUACCUCAGCAGCGCAAAAUGGCUGAGAUUUUUAAGACUGUGUUUGGUGAGAAGCUGGUGACCAAGUUCCUGUUUGAGAGUGAUUUUGCGGACGAGCCUUUGCUUCCGUCUCCCCUUCAGCUCCGAGGGAAAAUCCUCCUGAAGAAUAAGAAGUUAAAAGCUCACCAGGCUCCUGUUGACAUUCUCAAACAAAAGGCUCAUCAGCUUGCCCACAUGCAGGCUCAGGCCAACAACGGCACAGUCAGCACAACGCCACUGGGAAACAAUGAUGAAGAGGAGGAGGAGGAAGACGAGUAUGAUUACGAUUACGAGUCGCUGUCUGACGCUGACGUCCUCAAUGCCUCCUAUGGCCAGGAAGACAAUAUUCUGGAUGACAAACCUGAAGGCAAGUCAUCCACAGAGAAACUUCAGUACGAGUCCAAUGAUGAGAUGCCGAAGCGGUUUAAAAAAGCUGGAAGCAAAGGAAAGAUGUUUGACAUGGAGCUGGGAGAGGAGUUUUACCUGCCCCAGAACGAGAAGGAGAGCAGACAGAUUGCUCAAGAGCUGUCGGAUCUGGUCAUCUACUGCCAGGCCAUCAAAUUCCCAGGCCUCUCCACCCUCUCUCCAUCAGGCUCUGGAAGGGGGAAAGACCGAAAGAGCCGGAAAUCCAUCUUUGGCAGCGCUCCUGCUCGCGGGAGCCCCGGGGAGCCUGUGACGCUGGUCCGAGCUCCAGGGAAAGCCAGUCUUGAGGGCAUUCGCAUGAACUCGGAGGAGCAAACAUGUCUAAGCCCGAGCACCUCUCUGAGCUCCAUCAUCCGCACACCCAAAUGCUACCACAUCUCCUCUGUGAACGAGAACGCAGCAAAGCGCUUGUGUCGCCGCUACUCACAGAAGCUCAUCCAGCACACAAGCUGCCAGCUGCUGCGCACGUACCCGGCGGCCACACGCAUCGACUCUGCCAACCCCAAUCCGCUCAUCUUCUGGCUGCACGGAGUCCAGCUGGUGGCCCUCAACUAUCAGACCGACGAUCUGCCCAUGCAGUUGAACGCGGCUCUGUUUGAGGCUAAUGGUCACUGUGGUUUCGUGCUGAAGCCUCCAGUCCUGUGGGACAGAAGCUGUCCUCUCUAUCAGCACUUUUACCCUCUGGACCGAGACCUGGAGAACAUGACCCCAGCGCUAUACACACUCACUAUUGUGUCGGGGCAGAACGUGUGUCCAGGAAACUCAAACGGUAGUCCGUGUGUGGAAGUGGAGGUGUUGGGAAUGCCUGCGGACAGCUGUCAUUUCCGAACCAAACCCAUACACCGCAACACACUCAAUCCCAUGUGGAACGAGCACUUCCAGUUCCACGUGCACUUUGAGGAUCUGGCAUUCCUGCGCAUCGCUGUGGUGGAGAACAACAGCUCUCAGGUCACCGCUCAGAGGAUACUUCCUCUUAAAACACUCAGAGCAGGCUACAGGCACCUGCAGCUGAGGAACCUGCACAACGAGCCUCUGGAGGUGUCCAGUCUGUUCAUGUUCAGCCGCAGGACGGAGGAGAGCCCAACCGGAGGACCACCGUCUGCAUCUGUGCUGUUCAGCACAGAGGAGAGACGCUCCAUCCAGCAGCACAAGGUGACAGUGCAUGGAGUCCCCGGACCUGAACCCUUCACUGUGAUCUGUGUCGAUGAAUUCACCACAGCCAAACAGCUCUUGGACUCUUUGUUUCCGACUGCCUCCUUCAAGUAUUUGCUGAUGGAGGAGAGAGUGUCGUUGUCGAAGGAGAAGAAAGCUCCUCAGCAGCGUCCUCUUGCCAAUGAUGAACGACUGCUGAAGCUCAUUCACAGCUGGCAGCCUGAGGAUGGCUAUGUGGGCAGAAUAUACCUCAAAACCAGAGAACAGCAGAACUGCAGUGAGAAGACGAGUGUCCCGUUGGAGACCCUGGAGGAGCUCGGCAGCUCAGAGGACGACACCUUCUUCGUGCAGGUCCAUGAUGUUUCUCCAGAACAGCCUCACACCGUCAUCAAAGCCCCGCGAUACAGCACAGCACAGGACAUCAUCCAGCAGACUCUGAGCAAAGCCAAGUAUUCUCUGAGUAUCCUGAGCAACCCCAACCCAUGUGACUACGUCCUGAUGGAGGAGCUUUGUAAAGAUGCGGGUGGAAAGAAGUCGUCCUCUGCCAAACCGUGCCAGCGUGUGCUGCAGGACCACGAGUGUGUGUUUCAGGCUCAGAGCCGCUGGAAGGGGGCUGGAAAAUUCAUCCUCAAACUCAAAGAGCAGUUGGCUCGUGAGGACAAGCGUAAAGGUGUGUCGUUCGCCAGUGAGCUGAGGAAGCUGACGGGUCGCAGUCGCAGUCUGACGGUCAACACGAACAGCAACGACACUCACAGAUCUCUGUCGGGGCUGAAGGCCUGGAUGGCUGAGGGCCGCUUGGGCUCUCUGAGACGCUCUCAGUGUGGUGAUGGGGUCUCGGUCCCAUCUGGGUGGUCUCUCCCGCUGCUGUGGAACUGGAAGCUGCAUAAAUGAGUGAGGCAGAGCAGCAGCAGUGGUCUGAGCUCCAGAUGAAGACGCUUCACUUCUGUUCUGUUAAUCAGCUGAUGUUAACAGUGCUGUAAGUGAUCGAUGCAUUUCGGUUUUGCACAUCAGCGUUAUUUUGAAAUCAAGACAUUUUUAAUACUUUAUUUACAUCUCUUUUUUUUUUGGAUGAAAGCGCUCCUGGCACAAUUGUUUCUUUUUCAUUGACUCGUUUUGUGCACAGGACGUCUGAGCAGACUUUGUUCUGCACAUUUUAACAGCUGAUUGAAUUAGCUGGCUUCAUUGCACACUCACUGCAAUGAAAUCAGCACCAGCUCAUCAUGCCAUCAGUCUAUUGCAGUAUUACUCUAAAUCAGCAUUUGAAGAAGCGCCACUAUAUAGUGUGGCAGUGUACAUGUUACUGUAUGAACAGUAUUUACUAGCGCUUUCAUUAUUAAUGUUACUCUUUGCACUUUUUUUUAAUCCCUCUUCUUAACUGAAGUGCUAUUAUUUAUUUGACUUUUUUAUGAAGUGUUUCCUGUGUUCUUUUGACUUCUUCAGUCGCUGCAGGACUUGUUUUUGGGAAUAUUUUAAAGUCAGUCAAAUUUGAGUUUAUAUCCUAUAUGACCUUUGACCUUUCACUAUUGAAUGCCAGUUUGGUUUAGUCAGUUGUUUUUCUAUAUCAGGGAUGUCCAAACUCUGUUAUGGAGGGCCGGUGUCCUGCAUAUUCUAGUUCCAACCCCAAUUAAACACACCUGAACCAGUUAACCAAGCUCUUUCUAGGUAUACUAGUGUGUUGACGGUAGUUGGAGUUAAACUAUGCAGGACAGCGGCCCUCCAGGACUGAGUUUUGACACCCCUGUUCUUUAUGUUUGUGAGAUUUCUACAUUCGCUGCGUAGCGGUUGAAUGAUCUGCUUUACUUUACUUGUUUUGUUGAAGAUGUCUCUGUUUUGAACUUUAAGCGGUCCAUUUUCUUUCUUGAUGUGAAAUCUUUAAUAAUUUAUUGACUCUUAUAGCCCAGGUUGGCUGUACUUUUCCAGAUCGUGUACAUAUAAUUCAGAAAUCUUGCAUUAAUUUAUUUUUAAGGGCAUGAAUGUUUAUAGGAGGAGGUUUUAAAGUGCUGGUAGGCACCACUGAAGUAGCCUUUAUUUGUGUGGUACACUACAGCCUCAUGUAUUUUAAUGUACAUUUACCAUUGCUUGGUCUGUUUUACUGACACAGAGCUGUUAUUUUGAGUUGAUGUAGAAUUUGGUCUUAAAACAUUGAACGUUUUACUAAUGUAACCCCUAUAGGAAUGUGCUGUUGCUAUUGUGAUGUCAAUAUUCGGGUCGUUUGUUUACUUGAAACCACCAAAUCAACCCUUUUCAUCAAGAAAUAGAAACAUUUUCUGUGAAUAAUUUUACAUUAGUGCACAUGAUGCCAAUAAAAGAAAAGGUAGAAAUCAAA